AUGCUGCUGAUAACGCUAUUAGUUUGCGUAGCUGGCCUAUGUAACCUGGUGCAGGCAGCUGCUUCGAGAUGUGCGUUGUAUGACAAUUGUGGGAAGAAGUCGGUCUUUGGUGCAGAGCUUCCCUGCCCAGUGUCAGAUUCUAGAUUCAGACCACCUCCAGUAACUGAUGAAUUGAUGGACCUUGUUGUGGAGGUAUGUGGUGAAGAAUGGAAGGAUGAAACUGAACUAUGUUGCACUUUGGAUCAGGUCCAGAAUCUACAAAAGAACUUAAAGAAAGCACAAAAUAUAAUAGCUUCAUGUCCAGCCUGUGUUAAGAACUUUAAUAACCUAUUCUGCCAUUUUACUUGCUCGCCGGAGCAAGUGGACUUCGUUAAUGUGACUAGAAUUCAAAAAUCUACUUCAAAGAAGGAUAUAGUAGCUGAAGUGGAUGUCUAUAUGAACUCCUCUUGGGCAUCUGUGUUCUAUGAUUCAUGCAAGGAUGUCAAGUUUUCGGCCACGAAUGGUUACGCAAUGGAUUUAAUCGGCGGAGGUGCUAAGAACUAUUCACAGUUUUUGAAAUUUUUGGGAGAUGAAAAACCAUUACUUGGGGGGUCUCCAUUCCAAAUCAACUAUCUAUAUGAAUUGGAUGGAGCUAAGGAUGAUUUCAUUCUCUUUGACGAUUCAGUCUACGAGUGUAAUGACCCUAAGUACAAAUGCGCUUGCGCUGACUGUGGAUUAUCCUGUCCAGAACUAAAACCUUUGAAGGAGGGCUCAUGUAAGGUGGGGAAACUUCCUUGUUUUUCAUUUGCAGUUCUGAUGAUUUACGCGGUGCUCAUUGUUGCAGUUGUCAUCUGGCACAUUCACUUAUUCAGAAGCAAAAGUAGAAUAUCUUUGAUUACAAGUGAUGAAGAUGGUUCUGCUUACAACUCUCAAAUGACAUCCGAUGAUCGAUUGUUCGAUACAUAUGAUACAAGCUCAUAUGACUUCAAUAAUAAAGUGGCAACAUCAUUUGCAACUCUAUCGAAGUACUCGGCUUUGAAUCCUUACCUGACAACAGCAUUAACAGCCGUGAUUGUCGCUUUCUUCGGCUUUCUGCUUUACAGAUAUGGUGAUCUCGAAAGGGAGCCUAUCAAUUUGUGGGUCAGCAAAGACUCUCAGAAAUAUCAAGAGAAGAGAUAUUUCGAUGAGAAUUUCGGACCAUUCUACAGGGUUGAACAAGUCUUUGUUGUGAAUGAGACCGGUCCCGUACUCUCCUACGACACGAUGAGGUGGUGGUCUGAGGUUGAGCAUAACAUCUCACAGACAAUUAUGUCUCAAGACAAUGCAACUUACCAGGAUCUGUGUUUCAGGCCAACGGCAGAGUCCACAUGUGUAUUAGAAUCCUUCAUUCAGUACUUCCCAAAUGGCUUGCCAGGUCAAAAUACUUGGCGUGAGGAGCUCCAAUUGUGUACAGAUUCCCCCGUGAACUGCUUGCCAUCAUUCCAGCAGCCACUAAAAAAGAAUUUGUUAUUCAGUGAUGAUGAAGUUUUCGAGUCCAAUGCUUUUGUAACAACCUUCCUAAUGAGUAACCACAGCAGUACGGCAGUUGACUGGGAAACAGAACUGGAGAAGUUCCUGCUUAACCUUGAAGUGCCUAAGGGCCUGAGAAUUAGUUUCAACACUGAAAUGUCCCUGGAAAAGGAGCUGAAUAAGAACAAUGAUGUGUUGACCAUCUGUAUGUCUUACCUAUUCAUGUUCUUCUAUGCUUCUUGGGCGCUGAAAAGACACGGAGGAGGAAGUAGAUGGUUGCUGGGGUUUGUCGGCAUAUUGAUUGUUGCAUCGUCAGUGUUGUGCGCAGCGGGACUCUUGAGUGCCUUGGGCAUUAAAUCCACAUUGAUUAUUGCAGAAGUAAUUCCAUUUUUGAUUUUGGCUGUCGGUAUCGAUAACAUAUUUCUGAUCACUCAUGAGUAUGAUAGACUCUCCACGGAUGACGUCACUAUUGAUAUCGACAGAAGAAUUUAUCUGGCGGUCAAACGAAUUUGCCCUUCAAUUCUACUUUCUUUCAUAUGUCAAGCAGGGUGCUUUCUCAUUGCAGCAUUUGUAUCUAUGCCAGCAGUGCGUAACUUUGCUCUCUAUUCGGCAUUGGCUGUUUUGUUCAAUGUUCUUCUACAAAUGACAGCCUAUGUUGCUUUCCUUGCGUUGUACGAGAGAAAGUAUGCUACUAUCAGCAAGGAUUCUGAGAAGGAUGUUCACCUAUUUGGUGACUCUUAUUUCUCUUUCAUCUCUAAGAAAGGCAAGAUCCUUGGACUCUUCGUUUCCUGGACCAUGAUAUCUCUCCUAUUUUUGCCUGAAAUACAGUUAGGUUUGAAUCAGACUUUCGCAGUUCCUCAGACCUCAUACUUGGUCGAUUACUUCAGAGAUGCCUAUCAAUACUUGAACGUUGGACCUCCGGUUUACUUCGUGGUCAAAGGACUUGACUUGACAAAAAGAGAAAAUCAGCAAAAGGUGUGCGGUAAAUUCACAACAUGCGAUGAUGAUUCUUUGGCAAACGUCUUAGAGAUGGAGAGAGAGAGAUCUACCAUCAUUGAUCCCCUGGCUAACUGGUUUGACGAUUACAUGCAAUUUUUGAACCCCGAUCUGGAUGAAUGUUGCCGCUUCAAGAAAGGUACCUCAGAUGUCUGUCCUCCAUUCUUCCCCAGCAGACGCUGUGAAACUUGUUUUCAUGAGGGAGAAUGGAAUUAUGAUAUGUCAGGAUUCCCUGAAGGCAAGGAAUUUAUGGAUUACCUCGCAAUCUGGAUUGAUUCCCCAAGUGACCCAUGUCCAUUAGGUGGUAAAGCCCCAUAUUCUUCUUCUGUCGCCUUCAAUAAGACCGGAGUCAAAGCUUCCGUCUUCAGAACAGCUCACAAGCCAUUGACAUCGCAAGAAGAUCUCAUUGCAGCCUACGAUGAUUCGGUCAGGAUCAGCAACUCGCUCAAGGACCUUGAUGUGUUUGCAUACUCUCCAUUUUACAUAUUCUUUGUCCAGUAUCAAACCAUACUGUGGCUGACGAUUAGCCUAAUCGGAGCAGCUUUAGUUUUGAUAUUUGCCGCUACGACAUUAUUCCUAGGUUCUGUGCAAACUGCUGCUGCGUUGACCUUGACGGUUCUGAUGAUUCUGAUCGACAUUGGAGCAUUCAUGGCUUGGUUCGGAAUUUCGCUCAACGCUGUCAGUCUGGUGAAUCUUGUCAUCUGCGUCGGCCUAGCUGUUGAAUUUUGUGUCCAUAUUGCAAGAGCUUUCACCCUGUUGCCUGAAGGUGUUAAGAAUGAUCGUGAUUCCCGUGUGCACUACGCCAUGACCACAGUCGGUGGUUCUGUCUUCAGAGGUAUAACGAUGACGAAAUUCAUUGGUGUCUGCGUCUUGGCUUUUGCCCAAUCCAAGAUAUUCCAAGUUUUCUACUUCCGCAUGUGGUUCUCGCUGAUUGUGAUUGCAUCGGUUCACGCUUUGGUAUUCUUGCCUGUACUUUUGUCGCUGGCUGGCGGUAAGAGCUACGUUGAUGAGCCCAUUAGUGGCACACUUGAAGAGUAA